UGAUGAAAGUAUUUUUUUGGGGGGGGAGGGAUUUUCUUUCUUUUUGGGUCACCCUGCCUUGGUGGGAGACAGCCGACUUGUUACAAAAAAAAAAAAAAAAAAAAAUUGGUAGCUUCCCACCAAGGCAAGGAAGGAAAAAGACACUCACAUUCAUUCAAUAGCUGUCUGCAAAAACAUUAUUUUAUUGCAAAUUUUGAUGACUCCGAGUGGUUUGAAGGAUUUUCUGACAUUUUUCAAUUUUUAGCUAAAAUAUGUUUAAAAAUCUGUUGGAGAGUGAGCAGGGUAAUAUUUAGUGAAGGGAUUCAGGGAAACCGGUUAUUUUUAUAUAGCUGAACUUGAGUCCUGGAAAUGGGAAGUACAAUGCCUGCAUUCUAAAGGAGGGGUUCGGGAUAUUGGCAGUUUGGAGGAUGUGUUGUGUAUCUUUAUACGUAUAUGCUUCUAAACUGUUGUUCUGAGCACCUCUGCAAAAACAGUGAUUAUGUGUGAGUGAGGUGAAAGUGUUGAAUGAUGAUGAAAGUAUUUUCUUUUUGGGGAUUUUCUUUCUUUUUGGGUCACCCUGCUUCGGUGGGAGACGGCUGACUUGUUGAAAAAAAAAAAGCUUAAAAAUCAUUGUAAGCUUUAAGGUUGGCAAACAUAUGCACCACAACAAAUGAUUCUCUGAACUGCAACAUCCCCAACCAUUUAUCUGAGCACAGGCAUUGUCCUUCCCACCUUCAGAACUAAAGUUCUGUUUAUAUCCAUACCAGAAAAAUAUCAUAUGGUACUUCUUUUCAUAUACAGUAGAUUUCAAACCUGAAAUGCUAUCUCAAAUAGUCUGAUAAAGGUGUUAUCAUUCUAAGUGUUUUAUCAUUAGUAUAAAAACUGAAGUGCAAAUUACUGACUUGUUUUUAUUAACUCAAUGGCUGUCUCCAGCAAAGAGACAGGAGCACUAGGACGCUGAUUCCCACAAACAACUGCAGUGACAACAGACAUCUCUGAACGAAUACAACUAAUCAUUCCACAUCACAACUCAUGCAGUCAUUGGGAGAAGAAACCUCUAAGCAAGCCAUACAUAUACUGAAGAAGGAGAAGAGAAAAUGAAAAUUCAGUACUGAUAAUCAAAGCAGGAAGAGAUGGGUGCCUUCCCACUUUAGUCUUCAACAAGAUGUUUAUCUCUGAUUUUGAUGUCACAAAAGAGAGAUUCUACGUAGCCCAUCAGAAUAAAGACUUGACUUCCAUCGUUAUCGUCAAAAAUCAUGUUUCCUAAAUCAUGGAUGCCUAAAGGGAAUGAGUAAUAAUGUCAAGAUACUUUGUUAAAAAUAUUUAAAAGGCUUCAAUGAUGAUGACAUUGACUAGGUUAGUCACCCUAGUAGCUGAAACCAGUAGAUGUUCAUUUGUUAAAAUUAUUAGAUAUAAAGACAAUUGGAAAUCAAGACUGGCUUGGUGUACUAGGAGUAUUUAUAAUGAAUCAAAAGCCAAAAAGAGCUUCUUCAUUACAACCCCAAUAUUUUAUGUGAAUGCACAGCCGCACAUUGGUCAUCUUUACUCAGCACUUUUAGCUGAUGCUGCAUGCAGGUUUCAGCAUCUGCAAGGAAUUCCUGCACACUCAACAAUCUUCUCUACAGGUACAGAUGAACAUGGUUUAAAAAUUCAGCAGGCUGCUGCUCUAAGUGGAUGCAACCCAUUAAAAUUUUGUACAAGUGUUUCUGAUAAAUUUAAAACUGUCUUUGACCUGGGGGAUAUCAAGUAUACACAUUACAUUCGUACAGUAGAAGAGAGGCAUAAAUAUGCAGUGGCACAUUUUUUUAAUACGUUAAUGGAGAGGGGCCACAUAUAUCGUGGUAACUACAGUGGAUGGUAUUGUGUUGCAGAUGAGGCAUUUCUCACAGAAGCACAAGUGCAAGAAGUAACUUUGUCAUCUGGUGAGAAAAAGCUUGUGAGUGCUGAGAGUGGUCACUUGGUUGAGUGGAACAGUGAGGAGAAUUACAUGUUUAGGUUAUCAAAGUUCCAGAGUGAUUUAAAUCACUGGCUGAAAGAUGACAAGAGGGUGCAACCAAAGCGAUUUCAUGAACAGUUAAAGAGAUGGCUAAAUGAAGACCUUAAAGAUCUCUCGAUAUCUCGACCAGGUGCCCGCGUUUCCUGGGGUAUUCCAGUUCCGGGUGAUAACCUGCAAACAAUUUAUGUUUGGGUGGAUGCCUUGAUCAACUACCUCACAGUAUCAGGCUACCCUGAAUUACGUUUAUGGCCACCUGAUAUUCAGGUACUCGGCAAAGACAUAUUACGCUUCCAUGGUGUCUACUGGCCUGCACUUUUACUUGGCAUAGGAUUGGAACCCCCUCGUUCUCUCAUUUGUCAUUCCCACUGGACAGUUGAAGGAGAAAAAAUGAGCAAGUCACUUGGGAAUGUAGUGUGUCCUCAGGACCUCAUUAAGCGUUUUUCAGCUGAUGGACUUCGGUAUAUGUUGCUGAGAUUGGGAACACCACAUUCUGACAACAAUUGGAGUGAAUCAAAUGCAGUAAAUCUUUUAAAUAUAGAACUAGCAGACACACUGGGAAAUCUUCUGAAUCGUUGCACAGCUCCAUCUCUCAAUCCAAAUCAGCAAGUCCCCCCUCUAAACUUUCAGUAUCUUAAAGAAAUGCCUUUAGCAGGACAGAAACUGGUAGAACAGCUAGUUGAUCUGCCUAGUGCUGUAGAAAAACACUACUAUAAUUUCAACUUCUAUCAUGGUUUAGAAAUUGUAAUGGCAGUGGUUCGUCAAGCUAAUGUAUUUAUUCAAGAAGAAAAGCCAUGGGAGUUGAAAGACCUUCCUGAUCGCACUAAAUUAGACUCAAUAUUGAGAGUUGCUCUGGAGACUGUGCGUAUUGCUGGUGUGGCUUUACAGCCAAUUGUGCCAACAUUAGCAUCUCAGGUUCUAGAUACUUUAGGAGUUCCAUUGAAUAAGAGAUCUUGGAACAGUGUACAAGAAGGAUUUAAUGAUUCCCAGCAUAGUCACUUGAUGAGUUCUUUGAACUUGGGACCCCGAAAAAAACUAUUCACUAAAAUACAACAGUAAAUAGUUGAAUUAUUCUGUUGCUUUUAAUAAAUCAAAUACUAUAUAGUACAGUACAAUAUUUAAUUUUUCCUUUAUGGAUAUCUGUUAAACUACAUUGUAUAAUGUAUGUACUAUAUUUUUUUUACCUCUACUUGUUUAUAAUUGCAGGAAUGGAGCUUAUGCUCAUGGUAUAAUAUUUAUAAUAAUUUUGUUGUGUAUUUAUUAAAGUUUCUAGUA